ACCUGUGGGAGGAAGCAAGGACAUCAAGUCUAAACCCUAGCGCCAACCUUACUUCCUGUAUUUGCCUAGACCAGCUCCACUCUUCUCCGCCGCAAAUCUCCUCCUUCCAAUGGCGUCUAUGAUGCAACCUCAGAUCAUAUUGCUUAAAGAAGGUACAGACACUUCACAAGGGAAGCCGCAGUUGAUAAGCAACAUCAAUGCGUGUAUGGCGGUGGCUGACGUCGUCCGUACAACCCUAGGUCCGAGAGGUAUGGACAAGUUGAUCCAUGAUGAUAAGGGUAACACCACUAUUUCAAACGAUGGGGCCACCAUCAUGAAGCUUCUUGACGUUGUUCACCCCGCCGCUAAGAUCCUUGUUGAUAUUGCCAAGUCACAGGAUUCAGAGGUUGGUGAUGGAACCACUACAGUAGUUCUCCUUGCUGGUGAGUUCUUGAAGGAGGCCAAACCAUUCAUUGAAGAUGGCGUUCAUCCCCAAAAUCUGAUACGAAGUUAUCGAAUCGCAUCCUUUAUGGCAAUUGAGAAGAUUAAAGAAUUAGCUGUAAGCAUAGAGGGUAAAAGUUCAGACGAAAAAAGAAGCUUAUUAGCUAAAUGUGCUGCUACAACACUCUCUUCAAAGCUAAUAGGAGGAGAGAAGGAGUUUUUUGCUUCAAUGGUUGUGGAUGCUGUUUUUGCAAUUGGAAAUGAUGAUAGGUUGAACAUGAUAGGAAUAAAAAAGGUGCCUGGCGGUACAAUGCGGGACUCCUUUCUUGUAAACGGUGUUGCUUUUAAAAAGACUUUUUCAUAUGCUGGGUUUGAACAGCAACCCAAGAAGUUUUUGAAUCCCAAGAUACUCCUGUUGAACAUUGAACUGGAACUAAAAUCAGAAAAAGAAAAUGCUGAGAUAAGACUUUCAGAUCCAUUGCAAUAUCAGUCCAUAGUUGAUGCAGAAUGGAAUAUCAUAUAUGAUAAGUUAGACAAAUGUGUGCAGAGUGGUGCCAAAAUUGUUUUGUCGCGCCUUGCUAUUGGUGAUCUGGCAACACAGUAUUUUGCAGAUCGGGAUAUUUUUUGUGCUGGGAGGGUUGCCGAAGAUGAUCUGCAUCGUGUUGCAGCUGCAACUGGUGGUACUGUGCAGACAUCAGUCAACAAUGUUAUAGAUGAGAUUCUUGGGUCUUGUGAGGUUUUUGAGGAAAAGCAAGUUGGAGGUGAACGGUUCAACAUAUUUAGUGGAUGCCCUUCAGGCCAGACAGCCACUAUUGUUCUCCGAGGUGGAGCUGAUCAGUUUAUUGAGGAAGCAGAGCGGAGUUUACAUGAUGCAAUCAUGAUAGUGAGGAGGGCCAUGAAGAAUUCCACAGUGGUUGCUGGUGGCGGUGCAAUAGAUAUGGAAUUAAGCCGGUACCUGUGGCAACAUGCACGAAAUAUAGCUGGAAAGUCUCAGCUAUUUAUAAAUUCCUAUGCUAAAGCACUUGAGGUUAUUCCACGGCAACUUUGUGAUAAUGCUGGAUUUGAUGCAACUGAUGUACUUAAUAAACUGAGGCAGAAACAUGCACUUGCCGCUGGUGAGGGUGCCCUUUAUGGAGUGGAUAUUAACACCGGUGGAAUUUCUGAUUCCUUCGCCAACUUUGUGUGGGAGCCAGCAGUUGUGAAGAUCAAUGCUAUAAAUGCUGCAACUGAGGCAGCAUGCCUUAUUCUAAGUGUUGACGAGACAGUGAAGAACCCGAAGUCGGAGAGUGCACAAGGAGAAGCUGCAGGUGGUAUGGGUAGAGGACGUGGUGGUGGCAUGCGUGGUGGACGUGGAAGAGGGAUGCGAAGACGUUGAAUAUUACAGCAUUUAUUAGGAUACAAACUUUGGAAAUUUUGUAAUUUUGGUUUAAGUGAUGAUUGUUUGCUGGGUUUUUUUUGUGGGACGUGUGUUUUGCAGGCCGGGGUUGGAUAGUGAUCAUUUUAAAAGUCGAUUAUCGUUUUGAGUUAUCCUCUUGUUUUUGGAGAGAUGUAUGCUGAUUCUGGUUGAUUCAUGGAUUAUAUGGGAAUUUGUCUUCUCCAACUCAUGACUGUUAUAUGUAAAAUAUUUAGUUUUUUGUUCUUUAAAA